GGAAGUUAAACACAAAGCAUUAGAAUUCAAAGGGUUAGAGCCUUAUGCUAUGUUACCAUUUGAUGGGAUGUUGUAAAGAGCUUAAGGUUGUUUAUAACAUCGCAAUCAGAAACAGGUUCUGUUAACAGAAAAAAGCACAGCAAUCUCCUUCAGAGACCGCAAAAGCGGCGUGAAUAUACUAAUGAUUGCAUCUUUAUCUCAUCUGAGAAAUUUGUGUGGUUUUAAUUUUACAGCAGAAGCUUAUUCAGCUGUGGGAGGAGGACAGGCAAAAGGUGUUUCACCAGCCCCUCAGCUCAGUGACUGGCAGUUGGCAAACCCUUCUUUGCCUCCUGGGUUGAAAAAGCCUAAUGGCAUCAUGGAUGCUGAGCAGUUCCACAGGCAUUUGCAGCUGAGAAGGAAGCGGUCCAUUCUGUUUCCCAGUGGAGUUAAGAUCUGCCCUGAUGAAUCUGUUGAGCAGGCUAUUGCCAACCAUCUGAAGUAUUUCAGGCUCAGAGUGUGCCAGGAAACAGUCUGGGAGGUCUUCAAGACGUUCUGGGACAGGCUGCCGGAGCGUGAGGAGUAUAACACCUGGAUGAGCCUGUGUGAGGAAGGCAUGAUGAGCAUCUUUGAAAUGGGCACCAACUUCAGCCAGUCUGAGGAGCACCGGAGCCUGAUUGUGAAGAAACUGGCCUAUACAAAGGAAGCCAUGGGCAGUUCCUGUGCUGAUUGGUCAUGUGGUGGGACUCCUACUCCUCCUUUGGAUGCUGAUGUUACCACACUGAGAGAUGCAGCUGCCAAUGUUCCUCCUCCUCAUGAGGUCUCCAUCGAGAGUCCUGAGGGUGAUACCAUCCCUGAGCAUGACCAUGUAGACACCACUAUCAAUAAUGAGAUAAAGAAGCAGGAUGAAAAGCUAGCUAGACCUGUAACUGAGCAGAUGAUUGAGUUCAACAUUUUGAUUGUUGGUGAACAAUACAGUGAGGAGCUGAAGGACCCAUCUGCUGCUGAGUAUCAACUGCUGUCUGAACGGUUCAUUUCUCAGAUUAAAAAUGUAUUUGAAGGACUACCUGGAUACAAAAACAUCCAUAUCCUGGAUUACAGCCCUUCUGAGGAAGAAAGUGGGGUGGAAGUUCACUAUGCUGUGACAUUUGAUGGAAAAGCCAUCAGCAAUGCCACCUGGGACCUGAUUAACCUGCAUUCAAACAAGGUGGAGGACAACUCCUUCAUGGGCAUUGAGGACAAUCCAACAGUUGUGUACACCAUCAGUGAUUUCCGAGAUUAUAUUGCUGAGAUCCUCCAGAAAAAUGCUCUGCUUGAAAAUGCUUCCAUCUCUUUGGACCCUAACUCUCUUCAGCUUACUAAUGUGAAGGAAAUACUGCACCCCACAUCAGAAGACCCAUCCUGGAUCACUGAGCAUCCAGUUGUGCUGGAGCGCCCGGAGUUUGAUGACAGCACCUUUUUAGCUGAACGUCCUUCUGCAGAUGAGUCAACGGUCAGCAAUGCCUUGCCCUUUGAUUACACCAAACCGGAUUCCACCUCAGACAGUGAGCAGUCCAGUGACAAUGAAAUCCAGCCAAGACCAGAGAACAUGGACUAUGAGGCUGGUUUGGCACCUGAAGCUCCACUUUCCUCAGAGGUUGAUGUCACUUCUUUGCCUGAUGGGCAUUAUUUAGAGACUUCUCAUUUAGUCACUGUACCAGUGUUAGAGCAUGAUUCUAUGGACUCUCUGGAAUGGCUUUCAGCCCCCAGUUCUUUAGAUGAUACUGGGCUAUCUGAAGAACUUUUGCCUUUAAGUCCUUCUCACCUUGUGCCUGAAGAAUCUCCAUCUACUGAUGACUAUGAAGUUCCUCUGCUUUCUGCACCAACAGUGGCCUCUUCAUCAGUCAUAGAGACUGAUAUUAAAGAGAAGGAAGAAGUAAUCCAAGGUAGUCCUGAGGGCAGUGACAGUGCAGACUCUGUGGAAGAAAUUCCUUUUCCCUUAGAAGUGCCCCCUAUGGAAGACGAAACUGAUAUAUUUCUUGGAGAUAGAGUUAUAUAUGAUGAUGGGUCUGGUUCAGCUUUUGAUGGUUCAGGAAAAGAAAUGGAAUCAAGUAUCUGGCCUUGGGAAGAAGCAGCCCUGGAACCAGUUUUCUACCCUGGCCCUGAUAGCUGGCUUGAAGAUGACAAUGAGUCUUUGUUAAUCAAACCUGAGGAUAUCCCUGAAGGCAUGAUUUUAGACUAUAUUCUUAACUCUGGGAAUAAAUUAGAUUAUGAUCUUUCCAAAGAUGAGAAUGAAGGGAUAGUCAAUAUGAAAGAUUUCCUUGAUGAGUCUGAAAUAUUUGUCUUUCCAGAGACGACAACUCCGCAAGUACCUCUGUUACAGACAGAAGAGCCAUCGUCUGUGGAACCAUCUACACAGACAGAAACACUGGGCAUGUAUGAUUCUUCUUUUGUCAUGCCAGCUGGAGAGGCCCCUGUCUCACCACCAUAUACAGAUCUGUCUGUGGAAGAUAGUCUCCAUACAUCCACAGGGUCUGUCAGUAUGGAGCAAUCUGAGGAGUCUAGUGUAGGCCAGAACAUAAUCCCUGAAGUAGUUGAGCACCAAAGCAAAGACAGGGCAGUGGUAGAAGAACUAUUCACAGUGAGGCAGCCGGAUGUAAUGGAAACUGCUACAGUAGGACACUUGGACACAAUCUCUUUAGAAACUAUUCUGACUGCAGAUCCUUCUGGAUCAGCAGUGAAGGUACCAGCUGAUGUUUGGCCUACUGACAGGGCACUAGAAAGCUCCUUAGAUCAGACAGUGCAACCAGCAAUGCCAGCAGUUACUCAAGGUUCAGCUGCAUUUCCUUCUGUAACAGAUCACACCACUGUCCUAGAGGGCUUUCCUGGACAGCAUGGUACAGACCAUGACACACAUAUUUCCAUGAGCUUCAGCACUGUUAUGGAUUAUCAAACAGUGAGUGUAACAACCAGCACUGUUGAGCUUCAGUCCCACCUCCCUCCUGUGGGAUCCACACCGUCAUUGUCUGUGGCUACCUCAACAAAGCUGGGAGAUGAAACAACGAGAGUCCUGGAUGUUUCAGUAGACCUGGGCAGUGUUAGCACUGUUCACUUUUCUCCUGAGCGGACUGAGGAGGGAAGGAGAAUGACUGAAAGUCACAUGGAGCUGACAACUCAUGUCCAGUCCACAGAGAUGGCCAGUGUGGCUUGGGCCACACAUGAAACCCACUACAGUAGUACUGUCCCAUCCCGAGCUCUAGUUGUGUUCUUCAGUCUUCGGGUUACCAACAUGAUGUUUUCAGAGGACCUGUUUAAUAAAAACUCCCCUGAAUAUAAAGCCUUGGAACAGCGAUUCUUGGAGCUGCUGGUGCCCUACCUUCAGUCAAAUCUGACAGGAUUCCAGAACCUGGAAAUCCUGAACUUCAGAAAUGGCAGCAUUGUGGUGAACAGUCGAAUGAAAUUUGCCAAACCUGUGCCCCGGAAUGUCACCAACGCUGUGUACAUGAUCCUGGAAGAUUUCUGCAACACUGCAUAUCACACCAUGAACCUGGCCAUCGAUAAAUACUCUCUGGAUGUAGAAUCAGGUGAGCAAGCAGAUCCCUGCAAGUUCCAGGCCUGCAAUGAGUUCUCUGAAUGCUUAGUAAAUCGCUGGAGUGGGGAAGCUGAGUGUGUCUGCAACCCUGGCUACCUCAGCAUCGAUGGGCUGCCGUGCAACAGCAUUUGUGAUCUGCAACCAAACUUCUGCCUGAACGAUGGCAAGUGUGACAUAAGCCCUGGGCAAGGGGCCAUCUGUAGGUGCCGUGUGGGAGAGAACUGGUGGUACAGAGGAGAGCACUGUGAGGAAUACGUGUCCGAGCCACUGGUUGUGGGUAUUGCAAUUGCUUCUGUGGCAGGAUUCCUUCUGGUGGCAUCUGCUGUCAUCUUCUUCUUGGCCAGGACCCUUCGAGACCAGUACACAAAGAGUGAUACUGGGGACUCCCAGGGGCAGGGUGACAGCCUCUCGUCCAUUGAGAAUGCAGUUAAAUACAACCCCAUGUAUGAAAGUGAUACGACUGGCUACAGCCAUUAUUACCGGAGAUAUCCACAGCUAACGUCCUACAGUUCCACCAGUGCAGAGACAUCCACAGACUACAGCAGUGAAGAGAUCAGGCACAUUUAUGAAAACAGUGAGCUUACUAAGGAGGAAAUUCAGGACAGAAUUCGAAUUAUAGAGCUCUACGCUAAAGACCGGCAGUUUGCAGAGUUUGUUAGGCAGCAUCAAAUGAAGCUGCUUUAAGAAAAAAAAGAAAUUGAUAGAAUACACGUGGGAGAUAAACGCUACCUUGCUGCCCCAGCAAUGGGCUCAGAUGUAACUGCAAAGUUACUUAUAGUCUUAACAUUGCAUGGAUGGAUACAGAUGUUUUCUAAGUGAAUGGCUAAAAUGUACAGAUGUCUGUUAAUCUCAAUUUCUUCUGGCUCUUCCGUGUAAAAUGACACUUUUAAAGAGGUGAUCAGAAGCGGCAGAGGUUAUGAAAGUUCAUUUUUCUUUAACUUCAUAAUGGACAUUGAAGGAUUUUGUAUACAAGGGCAAAAAAAAUCUUCUUGGGUAAGACAAAGAUACAUGUACAACCAAAAUAAAAUGCACAUUGAAAAUCCCUGCCUGGCAUUUUAUCCCCUCACUGGUGGUUCCAGUGGCAAUUUAUGGGUAUAAAACACUAGCAGAAGGAAAUACUUGAUUUGCAAAAGAAUCAAUUUUAGGGGAGAACUAUUGUGCUGGAGUUAUGUCGGCAUUAUUUUAAAGCACCCACAAAAUUUUAAAGCAGACACAAACAAAAGCUCACUGGAAAAGCUUUUGUUCUGUACAGAUGCCUGUUGUACUUUUUGCCACCUGGCAUUAGCAAAGCAGAGGAUAGCACCGAGCCUGCAGCCCCUGAGGGCUGUCCCUGGAAAUCAGCAUCACCACCAGUGACCCCACAGGGAGCCUUGGCCAGGCAGGACAGUGCUUCUGCAGCACACUGCAGUGUCUUUAAAGCCAGCAUGGUUGGUUCUCCAGCUUAUUCUGGCAGACACACAAGCUGGGGCACAGAAGGGCUUUUAUCAUACAAUUUUUUUGUGAAGCUUAAGUGGCUAACAUUGAUUUUUACUUUUUUUUUUGUAUGUAGACAUUUUGUUUCAUAAUUUAUAAUUUAAUUGUGUUAUUUAUUUGUUGUGUGUUCAGCUUGUUUUUAUAAUGGAUUUAGUUGUUGAAAUAGAAAGAUGACUAGUUUUAAUAAUGAAAUACUACGCUGGCAUUUGUGCCCAUUCUUUUAUAUCUAUAUUAUAUUUAGUGUGUACUCAGUGUUGAAUUCAACUAAUAUUUGAAAUUACUGAAUGAGGCAAUGAGCUCCCUUUCAAAAUCAGGCACUGAAGUCCAUGCAGAUUUGGUAGAUGUCAGCACUUUCCUGCAGGGCAGUGAAAAACUGAAAUUAUUCUCAGUUUAUUGGAAAUCAGCACAGAAUUCCUUAAACACAAAAAAGUCAGCCUAAAACAUUUUGAAAUAGUUGAAUUGAGAUGGGGACUUCCAAGUAAAGAAGUGGAAUUUUAUCUUCAAGUUAUGAAGAGAGUUCUGACUAUAUGUUAAGCUGUGUUGGGGCUCUGUUCAGUCACCCAAGGUCUCUUGUUUAAGUCAUUAAACAGCUGUCAGGGUUAGGGCCCCAGUUAAAAUCACAUUUGUGCUAGCAAAAAAAGGCCAAGUGAUUUAUUUCUCCAAAAGCUGUAGUUUUUGGCCCACAUGUGCCAACAGCCACCUGAUACUUUCUAGAGUUAAGUGGUAGUGAUAAUUACUUGAUUGUCUUUAGGCAGCCUAGCUAAACAAGACAAUAUUUCAAUGCAAUUUUUCUACGUGUCCUGGAGCCCCUCACUGGAUCACUUGUGUAGAACUUUCUUGCCUUGAGUGGCAGGGGAUGGGUACCAGAGCCACAUUUCUGUCAAAGAAAUGCUUAUAGAAACCACUGAAAGCCAAAUAAUGCCAGACAGCAGGAAAUAAAUAACAUGGUGCUGCUGAACAUUGUGACCAGAUGUUAUGAGACAGAGGCCCCAUCCUAGUGGCUGGCCCAGGGGCUGUCAGAGCAGCUGGUCCAGAGUUUGUGGGGCACAGCCCACUCCUCGUGGCCCCACAGCAGCACGGCUGAGCCAUCCCCCAACACUGGGGUCUGCUGUCAGAGCAGAGAAUUGCUGGGCUCAGGGUGGGCAGCAGCUUGGGACUUGUUUCUGUGCAGCUCAGCUGCCAGCCCUGGGAGAUUUGGGGCUGCUCCUGCUGGGUUCCGCAGUGGAUGGCAGCUGGGAUCACAGAGGUUUUCAAGGUAUUCUGCUGUGCACAAGCUGAGACGAGGCCUGGUUACACUGAGUGUGAGGUGUUUCAGUGAAUAUACAGUGAUAUGUUUUGUGUGUGUGUAUAUAUAUAAA